UAGUCAGCUCCAAACUUGAUUUCGUUUUACUACUAUUUUAACCACGGAUCCAAAUUCCAAACCCACCUUGCUUCAAAUUUUCACACAAUCUAAAACAAGAUUGAUUGGACCAUAUAUAGGCCAUUGGGCGUUCCAACAAAGAAGAUGACCGCCUGCUAGAUCUUUUGUUUCUUCGGCUCAUUUGGUCACUGCCUUUAACUCCCAAGAGUUCCGAUUCUUGAACCCGUAAGCAGGAUUGCUCGGCACAAUCGAGGUCCGAUCAGGUCUCUGAUCAUACAUAUCAGAUCCGAGACAAACUAUAUAUAUAAUUGAAAAAGGAAAUGCAGUUCUUUGGGGGUUCAGAGAUCAGUCCAUCACCGCCGGUGCCGACGGCGACGGGUAACAACGCCCACAUGAUGUACGUAUUCAAUCGAAACGGUGUGUGCUUGCUUUACAGGGAGUGGAACCGCCCUCUCCAUACUCUCAACCCUCAACAAGAUCACAAGCUCAUGUUUGGUCUCCUUUUCUCUCUCAAAUCCCUAACUGCCAAAAUGGAUCCCACUAACGCUGAGAAGGGAAAUCUAGGGAUUCCUCAGUUGCCUGGUCAAGGGUGUUCCUUUCAUAGCUUCCGUACUAAUACUUACAAGCUUAGUUUCAUGGAAACUCCGUCGGGGAUUAAGUUCAUUUUGGUAACUAAUCCUAGGACUGGUGAUCUUCGUGAAACACUCAAGUAUAUUUAUAACCUGUAUGUUGAGUAUGUUGCCAAGAACCCACUCUAUACUCCUGGGACUCUUAUCAGGUGUGAGUUGUUUAAUACAGCUCUUGACCAAUACGUGAGGAGCAUCGCAUAGUAUCUAAAAUUAAUGCCUUCUGUCUAGUCUCUGGUACCUACUUUUAUAUGCAAUUUCAUGUGAAGAGCUUAAUUCAGUUCCAUCUUUAACACUGAAGUUUUGGUUAUUCUCAAGCAGUUUUACUGUGUCAAUUAGCAUUUAAGAAACAAGUUUGUGGAAUAACCUUGAUCAUGAGUCCCUGAGUUUCAGCAAAUGUGAGGAUGUGUUUUCAUGGAGGUUUUAUCCAUUUAUCAUGUAAUAUUAUUGAUUACAUUGCUGUUAAAACUGGUUGUAUUAUACUUUUAUGCCUUUCUGGAAUUAACUUGCAUGUUUAUCUCAAA